GUUAGCUUAUAGUCGCAGCGGUCGCACGUACACGCUGUACGUAUACGUUGGGCGCUCCAAGUUUGACGAGGCUUUAGAGGAAGUCGUUGCCGGACAAAUUAUUAUGAAAGCAAUGUCUCAUCAUUAUGUGGUAACGGCACACAAGCCCACGGCUGUCACCGCUUGCGUGACCGGUAAUUUUACAUCGCCUACGGAUUUGAACCUGAUAUUAGCAAAGAAUGUUCGGCUAGAAAUAUAUAUCGUUACCCCGGAGGGUUUAAGACCACUGAAAGAAGUCGGAAUAUAUGGCAAGAUUUCAGUCGUUAAACUUUUUCGACCACCGCACGAGAAAAAGGAUUUGCUGUUCCUUUUGACCACACGCUACAAUGCUAUGAUAUUGGAAUGCAUUGGAGAAGGAGAAGAUAUAGAGAUUAUAACAAAAGCCCAUGGAAAUGUAGCAGAUCGUAUUGGGAAAGCUUCUGAGACCGGUAUCAAAGCUGUGAUCGAUCCCAAAGCACGAGUGAUCGGUCUCAGAUUAUACGACGGUCUUUUCAAGAUCAUUCCUUUGGAGAAAGACAAUCCAGAAUUGAAAGCAUCGUCUAUACGUAUGGACGAGCAACAAGUACAGGAUGUGAAUUUCCUUCACGGAUGUGCCAAUCCUACUUUAAUCCUCAUCCACCAAGACAUCAAUGGGCGACACGUUAGAACGCACGAGAUUUCUUUAAGGGACAGGGAAUUCGUUAAAAUGCCUUGGAAGCAGGAAAAUGUGGAGCGAGAGGCUAUGAUAGUUAUUCCUGUACCCCCUCCUAUGUGCGGCGCGAUAAUAAUUGGGCAAGAAAGUAUAUUGUAUCACGAUGGAACCGGAUACACCGCCGUUGUACCUCCGAUCAUUAAACAGAGUACGAUUACGUGCUACGCUCAAGUUGAUACUCAAGGUCUCCGGUAUUUACUGGGAGACAUGGCAGGACACUUGUUCAUGCUGUUCUUAGAGCAGGACAAGAAACCGGACGGUACACUGGGAGUGAAAGAUCUGAAGGUAGAACUGUUAGGUGAGAUCAGCAUACCAGAGUGUAUCACGUAUUUGGACAACGGAGUGAUAUUCGUUGGAAGCAGAUUAGGAGACUCGCAAUUAAUUAGACUAAGUACGAAAGUCGAUGAACAUGGAUCGUAUUGCAUCGCGAUGGAAACUUUUACGAAUUUAGCGCCGAUCGUUGAUAUGGCGGUGGUCGAUCUCGAGAGGCAGGGCCAAGGACAAAUGGUUACCUGUUCCGGAGCCUUCAAGGAAGGUUCACUUAGAAUUAUCAGAAACGGGAUAGGCAUCGAAGAACAUGCGAACAUAGAUCUGCCGGGCAUUAAAGGCAUGUGGGCAUUAAAGGUCGGUGGUGGUAACUUUGACAACAUGCUGGUCUUAUCGUUCGUUGGGCAAACUAGGAUUUUAAAGUUGAACGGGGAGGAAGUCGAGGAGACGGAGAUCCCAGGUUUCGUCGCGGACGAACAAACCUUCCACACCGGCAAUGUUACGAGCGAUCUGUUUAUUCAAAUCACGCCGACGUCCGUUAGAUUGAUCUCCCACAAAACUAAAGCCGUCGUCUCUGAAUGGGAACCGGAGAACAAGAGGACGAUCAGCGUGGUCGCAUGCAACGGCACGCAGGUGCUCUGCGCCACUGGGAACGAUCUGUUUUACGUGGAAAUCUCUUCCGGGCAGAUUUUGCCGAAGGGUUUCGUCACGUUGGAACAUGAGGCCGCUUGUUUGGAUAUAUCCCUGUUGGACGGUAACACGGAGGCAACAAUCGCCGCUGUCGGCUUGUGGACAGACAUAUCAGUCCGCAUUCUACAUUUACCCACGUUGAAGGAGAUCAAUAAGGAGAUGCUCGGCGGCGAUAUUAUACCUAGAUCCAUUCUGAUGACUUGUUUCGAGAGCAACACAUAUCUGCUCUGCGCUCUCGGUGACGGAACCAUGUAUUACUUUACUCUGCACAGACAGAAUGGCAUGCUUUCUGACAAAAAGAAAGUCACGUUGGGUACGCAACCGACGAUUCUGAGAACGUUCAGAUCGUUGUCGACCUCGAACGUCUUCGCGUGCUCCGACAGGCCCACCGUGAUCUAUUCGUCGAAUCACAAACUGGUAUUCAGCAAUGUGAACUUGAAGGAAGUUAAUCAUAUGUGCUCCUUAAACGCUGAAGCGUAUUCUGAUAGCUUGGCACUGGCAACGGACAGCACCGUGACGAUUGGCACGAUCGACGAAAUACAGAAGUUACACAUUCGCACCGUCCCUCUCGGGGAAUCGCCCAGGCGGAUUGCUUAUCAAGAGAGUUCUCAAACGUUCGGCGUGAUAACGAUGCGCAUUGAUAUACAGGAUACAAGCGGUGUUAGCAUCGUAAGGCAUUCUGCGUCCACCCAAGCGGCUUCGUCUUCUAGCAGCAGUCACAUCGCAUCGUACAAUAAACCCACGGGACACACAGCCAGCGACGUCAGUCAGGAAAUCGAAGUGCAUAACUUGCUCAUCAUCGACCAACACACUUUUGAGGUUUUGCAUGCCCACAUGCUGAUGCCCACCGAAUAUGCGCUUUCGUUGAUUUCAACGAAACUGGGAGAAGAUCCGACUUCGUAUUACGUAGUUGGAACCGCGCUCAUCCAUCCGGACGAAACGGAGCCAAAGAUGGGUAGAAUACUUUUGUACCAGUGGAGCGAUGGGAAGCUGACGCAAGUAGCCGAGAAAGAGAUCAAGGGAUCGUGUUAUUCUUUAACAGAGUUCAACGGGAAACUACUCGCCAGUAUUAACAGCACCGUUCGCCUGUUUGAGUGGACCGCGGAGAAAGAACUGCGACUCGAAUGCAGUCACUUUAAUAAUAUCAUAGCUCUUUAUUUAAAAACGAAGGGAGACUUCAUUUUAGUCGGCGAUCUUAUGAGAUCCCUCACGUUGUUGCAAUACAAGACGAUGGAAGGUUGUUUCGAAGAGAUAGCGAGGGAUUACAAUCCGAAUUGGAUGACUGCCAUAGAAAUCUUAGACGAUGAUACUUUCCUCGGUGCCGAGAACUGCUUCAAUAUGUUCGUUUGUCAGAAGGACAGCGCGGCUACUUCCGAAGACGAGAGGCAACAGAUGCAGGAGGUUGGACAGUUUCAUUUAGGCGAUAUGGUUAAUGUUUUCCGGCACGGAUCUUUGGUAAUGCAAAAUUUGGGUGAAUCGAGUACACCCACCCAAGGCUGCGUAUUGUUUGGAACCGUCAGCGGUGCGAUAGGUCUCGUUACACAAAUUCCCUUCACAUUUUACGAGUUCCUAAAAAAUCUCGAGGAAAAAUUGACGACCAUAAUAAAGAGCGUCGGCAAGAUAGAACACAAUUUCUGGAGAAGUUUCAACACCGAAUUGAAGAUCGAAAGAUGCGAAGGCUUCAUAGACGGCGAUUUAAUUGAGAGCUUCCUUGAUCUGAGCCCUGAUAAGAUGGCAGAAGUUGCGAGUGGUCUCUUGAUUGAUGAUCCCGCCACCAGUACGAAGAGAGAGGCAACGGUGGAUGAUCUUGUAAAAGUAGUGGAAGACCUUACACGAAUACAUUAGGCUUAGUCUUUUGGUCGAUAGGUAUAGUUUGUUUUAUUUCGCGCAGCUCCCAGGCAAACAGAUCGAAAGUUUUGGAUGUUUAAAAAACAUGCUAAGAAACAAUAUGUACAUACAUUUAUCUAUUUAUCGUUACUAUGAGAGACCAGAAAUGUUUAGUUCCCUUUUUAUUUCUCCUUUCGUUUUACGUGGAACUGUUUCCUUAUCUCUUAGUUGGACCCGUCACGUUGCUAUUUUUUUAAUUAACUUUUACAGAAUUGUAAUUUUCUCCUUAUUUCGUGCGAAAAAUAUGAUAUUAAAUGCGCGCAUCGUGCUCUCGUAUAUAAAUCCUCGAUUAUCGAUUAUAAUGGCUCAUCACGCAUUCUUGCAUGCGCGCAAGUUUGCUCGAAUCGUACAUACGAAAUUGGUAAGAAAGUUGUUGAACUUAUUUUAAGAAUACACUGUUCAUAUAAAACGAAAAUGUAUUCGCAUUCGUACCUUUAUAAUAUUACAUAGAUUACGGUAUUCUUUACA